ACAAACACAGAAAAUGAAGCCACUUUCAGUUGUGAAGGCAUGCCUCAUACUACAUCUAGCCAUUUCAGAGAAGUGCACUGCUUCACAAAAACAGGAAUAUUUAAUUCAAGGAUCACCAGGGCAGGACAUCAUCUUGGGACCUGGGCUAGAAGUCAUCUCAACCAUUUUGGUUACUUGGGAGUUUGAAACAAAAGAUGGUGUUUUUUCAAGAGUUGCAGAUGUGUCCCAACAGAAUGUCAGAUUGUAUACACAUUUCCUAGAUAGAGUCAAUGUAAAUAAUACUCACUUUUUAUUGACAAUAAAAAAUCUGACAUAUCAAGAAACUGGAACCUACAUAGGACGUCUUACAUAUGAAAGUGGGGAAACCCAGAGUGUUUUCUACAAAAUUUCAAUUAGAGUUCUAGCUAAGCCAGAGCUGCAACCAUGGCUUAACAAUGUUACAACAACCUCAUGCAGCAUCUCUGUUACAUGUUCCCUGAAGAAUGUUACCUCCAACAUUACCUGCUUAUAUCAACAAGACACUGUUGUAUGUGAUAAGCCAGAUAUUCAGUCACAAAACAAUGGCCGCCAAGAAAUUCACCUGGAAUUUACAGUCUCCGAAGACAACACCACACUGGUAUGCAACAUUAGCAAUGAAGAUAGCUGGGGCUGGAAUAGCAUACUCUUUGAAGACGUCUGCCAAUUGGACAAAAAUGAAAACUCAAAUGCAAGCACAAAUGAUCAGAUUUUACUACUUAUUAUGCCUUUUGCUGUCCUCAUCAUCGUCAUCAUCAUCAUCUUGGCAAUCACGAAAGCAGUUUCAAAGAAAACCUGUCAAGAACAAAUAAUGCCGAAUGAGCUCAAAGAAGAAGUACCUGACAUGCAGAUGACUGAGGUAAAUUCAGAAAUAACGACAGUGUAUGACACGGUGAAAAACUACAGCAAACAUCCUGACAUUAAUGACGAACCUUCAUCUUCAUUAGAUUCUCCGAUUUCCAUUUCACUGUAUGCUACAGUUCAACGGCCUACAACAUGCAACAAACAUGUCUGAAUCAGCAAAUAAUAAGCUCAAUAAAUAAGAUGCUGAUCUUGGGACAAUGCAAAUAUGUCAAAAUUUUUGGUUUUAAAAGAAGCCUUGGUUUGGAUUCUUGAUUAUAUUUCAUUUUUGGAUUCUUUUGAAUAAGUCACUUUUUAAAUAAUAAAAGUAUGUAAAAUAUCUAAUUUUAAAAUUUCUAUUAAUAACAUGAUGCCAUUUCCAUGAAAAACUAUAAACUUUAGUGUGUAGUCUGUGAAUGUUAUGGAUUUGUUAAUGAUAACAUUAUUAAGUUAGAAGAAAACAAACCCAUUGUGGACAUUAGGGGUGUUCUUCAGUUGUUCCAGUAGUUAGGAAUAAUGUGAAGGAAGCCAACACUCUCUAUAUUCUGCUUUCAUUCUUAAAAUAAACUAAGGGUAAUUACAGAAAUGUCACACAAUUACAAAAUGAACAGGAAGGAAGAAAUGACUCAGGGCUCUCAUGCAUACCUGGGUGAUUGCUCUGUCUGUCAUGUGAGUUCUCUAGUCCAUUUUUCUGCCAAAAUAACACAUCUAAGUUCUGCUUCCUCACCUUCUAUACCCUGACCUCUCUGCUUCCCAACUAAGCCCUUGCCUCAGGCUCCACUCUUGACUCUGGGGUUAAGUCCGGAAUGACCAGGUUUAAGAAAGUUGUUGGGAAUAACUUCUGGGAACAACUCUGACUCUCUUGUUAAAAUAUACAUGACUUGUUUAAAUAUUUUUAGAAAAUAAAAUACCUUUCUUGUGUUUAAUCAAAAAACAACUUAUAUAAUCAACAAGCCAAAAAGAAAGUGGUCAUCCUAUUGGUGCAGUUAGUACAAGGAAUUUCAUUAGCUGCACAUAUGUAAAUAAUAAUGUGGACCAUUAACAAGUAUGCAUAUUUUAACUAUAGACUAACAUAGUGACGAUACAGUAAAAUUACUGUAAUAGAAAAAAAGAAGAGUUGGGGCACUGGACAGUGUUCCCUAUUUAAUGCCCUGGUUGUUGUGCACAGAUAAGCAAGAAUUACAAAGUGAAAUGACAUCAUUCAUGAAGUGGAAGUGUUGCUUUCCUGGUAAACAUCUAUUUACUCCAAGCUGUGGUCAAGAAAGGCAAAGUUUCCUUGGGUCAGGUGGUAUUUGACUGGGUAGCGGUGGAAUAUUUGUGGCUUCUGACAGAAGUGACAUCAUGGGUUUUUCGAGACAGUUCUUUUUCAUUCUGAGGCAAACAGAAAGAGGGUUAAUUUAAGUGGUACAUUCGAAGUUUUCCCCAUAGUUUCAUUCAAUCCCAUACCCAGAAUGCUUGUGUGUCUGACAAUACAGUUCUCAGUUUAUGGCUGUGAUCAGGACUAGCCUUUGGAAUUCCUGGGGCUAUCCUCCUGGAAUUCUCUAUUGCAGUAACAGGUGCCCUUGCGAUUCUUUCAGAGAGUUUACACCAAUGCAGGCAAAAGUCAUUAAACUGUGAGAUCUGUUCAUCAACUGUUUCAUCAAAACCUGAACAUGAAUCAAAAGUCCAUGUCCAAGUUAUUGCUAGAGAUUUCCGAUACUAAAGAUAUUUGGAACACACAGGAUCACAUUAUAAGAUUUUCUAAAUGAACUGUACAAUCUUGGACACUGGGUAGCAUGCAUAAAUUGUAACAAUGGUGAUAUCACAUUCCAGGACAUGCACUUAGUCACCUGUAAUCUGGUUGUAAUAGUACGUAGAUUUCACGAGUGGCAAAACUUACAAAAAAAUGGUGAUGUAUAGAAUUUCAAAACAUAACAUUAGUUGAAAUGAAACAAGUGAAAACAACAUGCAAACAACAAUCUUAUGAGAUUCCAUGACAUUCACACUUGGAACUGUUGUCCAAAAAAGAUGUAGUCAUCCCAAGAAAAUUACUAAAGUUUAAUAAACCCUUCCAACUUGAACUUCAGACCAGCUUAACACUAGAAUUACCAAAGCCUACAAAAAAACUGCUCUUAUUGUUAAUAUUAUACAAUAAAAACAUGCAU